AGAGAGAUAGACGAUUGAUAAGUAACAAUUACGGUUCACCAAAAAGUCAAAUCUUCUUCAACUUCAAUAAAUCGGCGAUCGGCGAGUUUUUGUAUCGUAGAAAUUGGGUUAUAUUUUUAGUGAAUUUCAAACGUUCCAAAUAGUUUUAGGUGAGGUUGAAAUUAAACUUAUAACUUUAUGAUGGCAGGGGGGUUCACUGAGACUGCAUUUAUAAAAAAAUUAAGUGAACUUAACAAUACCUCGCAGAGUAUUCAAACUUUGAGUCUGUGGUUAAUUCAUCACAGAAAACAUUAUAGCACAGUUGCGAAGAUAUGGAUUAGGGAGCUGAUAAAAGCUAAAGGCUCUAAAAAGUUAACUUUUAUGUACCUUGCCAAUGAUGUAAUUCAGAAUAGUAAGAAAAAAGGUCCCGAAUAUGGGAAAGAAUUUUCUGUACACAUGAAGAAAGCUUUUGAACACAUGUCGAAAUCUGAUGAAAAAACGAAAAAUAGCUUGGAUAGAUUACUUAAUAUUUGGAAUGAGAGAGGGAUAUAUGACAAUGUUCUAAUUAGUGAAUUACAAAGAGCUUUAGUUUUAGGUAGUGAACCUCCAAAUAAGAAAGUAAAAGUACAUGGUAAAAAAAGCCCACUUAAUCGAGAUAGGAGGAAAUCAGAGACUGAAAAAAUUGUAGAGAAUUCUGAUGGGACUAUUGAAACCCACGUACAGUUAAGUCCCCAUACUCCAGCUGGUGAUCCACCAGAACCAGAUGAACUUAUCAAAGCUAUACAAGACUUGGAGAUAAAUAUUGCAUCAUCUGAUGAAUUGGUACGAGAAAGAAUAGCUAAAUUGCCAAGAGAGGUAUCAGAAGUCUCUCUAAUAUCAAAAAUAGAAGACAAGGAAGCUGCUGAAAAACUUAGCACUCAAGUAGGUGAGGCUGUUCACUUAUUAAGCCAGUACAAUAACAGGUUAUCAUCUGAAAUGGACCAUAGGAAAAAGGUUUCUAUCAUGAUGCGGGAUUUCCUGCAUGUGCAGGAAGAAUUGCUAGCUCAAGCAGAAAGAAAUUUAGAGGAAUACCAAGAGAAACUAUUGAAAGUAUUUAACGUUAGGACGGAGUUGCACAACCACAUCCGCAACCUACCCGAUUUGACACAGCUACCGAACGUAACGGACGGGCUGGCACCUUUACCAUCAGCAGAACAUUUAUUUAUGCAGUAAAUUUAACAUCCAAUAUUAUUCAAACAAUUCUAAUGUGAGCAAUCCCUACACAUUUACCUAUUUAGAUCUUAGAAAAACGGUUUUUUAUUUUGACUGUGUAUAUUAGUUCGUGUAUUUUAAAAUUUUAGCUCUUUCAAGUUUGAAUAUUUGCUAGAAGUGAUUAAAAAAAGAUAUUUGUUGAAAAGAAAAAAAUUGACAGGCAUUUUGACAGCCGUCAGUUCUGUUAAGUCAAAAUCACGACUCGUGACAGCUGUCAGAUAAAGUUGACAUGUUUGUAUCAUAAAUACUUGUUAAACGUCUCGACUUUUUAACAUUUAUAAGAAACAAAUUUCGUUCAUUAAUUAUUUUGAAAGUAUUUUUUAUUUCAUGCGUGGUAUAUCUGUUGACACGGUUAAUACACAUUCUGGGAGUCGUUCUGAAGGUAAAAAAAACUGCAAAAAAUAUUGAAAAUGUGAUUUUAAUAUUAUAAUAAUUAUAAUUUUUUUUUAGUAAACAAAAUUAGUUCAUUGUCGA